AUGUAUGCGUUUUUGCAGGGUUCGGCCCGUCGACAUGCAUCCUCCGACACUUCGCUAUUUGGCAGGAGCAGCGAGUGCCCACACAGCGAGGCGAGGAGAGCGAGCGUACGGGAGGCGGCAGCAGGCGCGCGUGCGCAAUUAGUCAGAGGCCUCCAGCCACUAGCCAAGAGGCCCGGAAUCCUGUCCAUGCAGAGCGCCUUCGCCUUCGGACUCGCCAAGAACGGGGUCAACGGGCUGCCCGGCGUGCGGCGCGCGGCCACGGCCUCGCAGGUCGGCGGACGGCUGUCCUCGCCCGGCUCCUCAGUGAGCGCCGAAAGCGGCGCCGCUGGUUGGAGCAGCGGCGACGACGCGGUCGGCUCUCCAGCGUCUCUGGCCUCCAGUAUGACCGCGAUGCCGCGCGUGGCGUCCUCGCCCAUCGCGUUCGCGGACCUCGGGAGCGACCAGGCGGCGCUGGCGGCCAAAGCAGCCGCCGCACGCAGUGGCAGCGGGAUCAGGACCCAUGAGGCGGCGCAGACUGCAGACGACCUGCACCCGAGCAAGCGAGGCACCUCAGUGAACAAGACGAACCCGUUCAUUGGGUACUUCCAGACAGGGACGGAAGAGAACGAUGUGAUGGCGGCGGCGGUGUCGGGAGCAGCUGGAGUUGGAGGGAAGGCGGCUGCUCCUCCGAUGCCGUCGUCGCCCCCAGUGCCCGUGCGCCGCGUGCCGAUCCGCACGCAGAGCAGCGCGACGCUGUCGUCCAUGUCGUCGUUCUACCCGUCGGCGUUCUUUACGCCGCAGAAGCGGAUGACGGAGUGGCUCGGCUCGCAGACCAGCCGCCUGCCGCCAUUCUUCAAGCAGCGAGACGAGAACGAGUCGAAGCUGCAAAAGCAGCAGCAGGACGAGCAGAAGAAGCGCGAGGCGUUCUUGCAGUCACUGAAACUGGACGCGCCAGCGCUGGCGCAAGUGACGACGGACGAACACCAGCGAGAGGGGCAGGUGCAGCAGAAUGCUUCCUUCAAGCGGACAGUGUCGAUGCCUGCUGGCAUGUCGACCAAGGCGGCAGCAGCGGGAUUGGCUCCAAUUGAUACUACGCCGGUGGAGACGAAACCCACCGCCUCCUUGACUCCUCAAGAUUCGAUGACUUCAAACUCACGCUUUGAGCAGGAUUUUGCAGUGGUGGGGUCUCUCGGUGAGGGAGGCCAAGGCUCCGUGUUCAAGGUGCGCAGCAAGGUGGACGGCUGCUACUACGCGGUCAAGAAGGUGGUUCUGCCGCGCGCUACCGAGCUAGAUGCCAAGCGCGCAGAAAGCCAGGCGUUGCGUGAAGUGCGCCUUAUGGCCUCCAUGACCCCUCAUCCCAACGUUGUGCGCUACCACACAGCAUGGACAGAAGUGGAUGCGUGCGUUCCUCACACGAGCUCAUCAACAGAAAGCGUGCGUGGCUCGGAUGUACCUUCGUUGGAAAGUGACUGUGGCCCUCAAGAUCUUCAGCGCCAGCAACUAGAACUGCUGGAUGAAGAGGAUGAGCUGCGAAUGAGUAGCAUGGAGGCUGCUGAUCAAUCGUUUUCGCUGGAAUUUUCGUCGGACUCGCUGAACUACGACGAUCAGUACUCCACUCCUGGCUUCACGUUCGAGGACGAGGGCGAGGACUCUGUUGGUUUGUGUGUGGAUGACGAGGCGUCGUUCGGACAACCGAGCGAGUUGAAGACCGAGGGCAAAGUUGCCUCGCGUGAUGUAGCUGUUGAGCCUGUGAUCAUGAAGUCGCAGGUUAUCUUGUACAUCCAAAUGGAGCUGUGUGGCACGGCUGUGAAUUCCGUUCCUUCGACCCCGACUAGCAGCCACGAGCCGAUCCAUCACAUCCUGGACCAGUUGAACACGCCGCAGCAGGAGCGCCAACAGUAUGGCGAAGAAGUUCACUCCAACUUGACAGCUUGGCUUCGAUCCUCACUUGAGGAGAGAUCAGCCUGGUCUAAUACGUCGGCGAAGCACCUGGAGGGGCUUAGAUUGUUUUUGGGUGCGGUACAGGGCGUAGCUCACAUGCAUUCGUACGGAGUGAUCCACCGGGACCUGAAGCCGGACAACAUCUUCAUUCACGGAGAUGUAGCGAAGAUCGGCGAUUUCGGCUUGUCGAAAUCUGUUUUCUCGGACGGUUCGUGCGAUGGAUCCGUGUCUCCGCGUGAACGCCUGCAAGAGCUUGGACUAAGCGACGGAGACCACACGACCGCGCUCGGUACGUUUACGUACGCCUCACCUGAACAACUUGGAUAUCGCUUCAGUAGCAGCAACGUGCUGAAGAACGCUGCUACCCGUCUCAAAAGCGCCAAGUACUCGAUCAAGUCGGAUAUCUUCGCGCUGGGUGUGAUCCUGCUGGAGCUGUGCUGCCCGUUCAGUACGAUGAUGGAGCGUUCUCAGGUUCUUACUGGUGUGCGCCACGGCGUCGUGCCCCAGAAGGCGCGUGAGCACUUCCCUAUGGAGAUGGAUCUGGUGCUUCGUAUGACCUCGAUCGACCCUGGCGAGCGCCCCACGAGUGAAGAAGUCUGCGAGCAGCUACGCAAGAUAAUGGCGGCGUCAAGUACUGCGGUUACGCCAGCGUCAGCUCUUGAGGAGUUGCGUGAGCUUCAGGCGAAGCUGGCAGCCGCUGUUCGCCAGGUGCGUGAUCGCUCCCAGGCCACUCUCCAGCUGGAAGCUCUGGUGUCCGAGUUGAACGACAAGGUCCAGAAUGUAGGCAUUGCUCUUGCCUAG